AUGAGGUUGAUUCUGGUUAAACCCACCAACGCCACGCGACGUCUUGACUCAACAGGUGAAGUCUUCCACGACGGUGACCAUGAGCAUUGCACCGCAGGAGGUCCGUCCCCUCCAACAAAGACCCCUGAGGGGAAGCAUGAUCGAUACUCUGGAACCUCAGUUGAAGCAUCUCCAUCCCAACAGGAGACGAGUCUGUGCUGUGUUUCAUCUUCACCCCACAAAAGAUCUAAUGGAAUCAGUCCUCCGAGAGUUUCAGUCCAGAUGUCGCCGCUGAAAACCCAAAACCUAACCUUAUCACAGCUGAGCGAUCAGGACUGGCUGCUGCUUUGUGGCCAGGUUAGCAGCGUAGGAGAUGAUUCACCCUCAGCAGAAAGAGCAGGGACCAGUGUGGGACAUCCAAACCAUAAUGACAGAUGUGGUUGUACCUGUCCUGAUGCACACCAGCAUUCAGAAGCUUCUACUUUUCAACCAAAAUCAACACACAGUACAGUCCAAGACUGCCUCUCCAGAGUUACAAACAAGAGGAGCCUUUUGUCUUCACCAUACACCCAGUCUUUCUCUCAAAGCACCCAAGGUUCAACCUCCUGCCAGGUUUUGCCACAGCAAGCAAACCAAAGGGAUCCCUUGAAACCUGCAACAAACCAUCUACAAGAUAAUUUCAUGCCUCAGUGCAGUGACCAGGAAGGUUGCAAGGAGCUUUUGCAGCAGCACCCUUGCAGUCAUUUUAAACUCAAAGACAGCAGCCAACCAACUCGUCCAAAUUUGUUCAACAUCCCUCUAAACUCUGUGGAGUGUGCUGAGACAAAUCAGAAAGUUCACCAAUGGCCUCAGCCUGCUGUCAGUGCAGACCUCAACUGGAGAGAGCUUUUCGGUAAAGAACCACUGUUAGUUCAGCAACGUCAAAAGCAAGACUCUCACAGCUCGAUAUCUGGUGAACAAACCUGCAAGUCUUCUGGGGAUGCCUCGAUUGCCCUCAAGUGCCGUCAUCUCCUGUACAACCCUCUGACCAGUACUCCGCGGGUGAAGAGGUCAUCGACACCAGCCAGUAAUAAAAGUGUCCAAUCCUUCUCCAUCAGCCAGUAUAGUUCACUUGAGAACCAGGAUUUAGUUGAGGAGAGAACUAGACAGCGACAAAGUCAGACAGACUCUCAGCAGCUCAGUGGAUCAAAACUCUCCUUCCCUAAACAUACCCCCCCGCCAUCUGACAACUUAGAAACUAGUGACACAGUUAACGGAGAUGCAGUGCGGCCGCUGAGCAGCCGUGGCACUGUAACAUCCAGUCUUGCAGAUCUUCACUCAGGCCAACAGCCUCUUCAGCUUCUUCACAGUGCCAUCCUCGAGGACGCCUUCUCCAAAGUCAUCAGAGAGGACUCCAGUAAGGCCAACAGUGACAACCUGACCAGGGAGGAAGGCGGGGUACCACAGAAGAAAACUAAGGACAUUAGCUACCGGCUGGGUCAAAGAAGAGCUCUCUUUGGGAAGCGCAAACAAUUGAGUGACUACGCUUUGGUGUGCGGGAUGUUCGGCAUUAUUGUCAUGGUGAUCGAGACAGAGCUUUCGAGGGGAUAUUACAACAAGGAAUCCAUAUAUUCAUAUGUACUGAAAGGCCUGAUCAGCCUUUCUACCGCUAUACUUCUCGGACUCAUAGUGAUGUACCAUGCAAGGGAAAUCCAGCUUUUCAUGGUUGAUAAUGGAGCAGAUGAUUGGAGGAUAGCUAUGACCCUUGAGCGGAUUCUCUUUGUUGUGUUUGAGCUACUGGUCUGUGCCAUCCAUCCAAUCCCGGGCCAGUACGUGUUCACCUGGACGGCUCGACUGGCCUUCAGCUACACAGCAUCAGUAGAGGACGCUGAUGUUGACAUCAUCCUCUCUGUGCCCAUGUUCCUGCGCCUCUACCUCAUUGGUCGGGUCAUGCUGCUUCACAGCAAGCUGUUCACAGACGCUUCCUCCCGCAGCAUUGGGGCGCUCAACAAGAUCAACUUUGACACUCGUUUUGUGAUGAAGACUCUGAUGACUAUUUGCCCCGGCACAGUCCUGCUGGUCUUCAGUGUGUCCUGUUGGAUCAUUGCAGCAUGGACCGUGCGUGUAUGUGAGAGGUAUCACGAUGCACAGGAAGUGACUAGUACCUUCCUUGGAGCAAUGUGGCUAAUCUCCAUCACCUUCCUGUCAAUCGGCUACGGAGACAUGGUCCCUCACACCUACUGUGGAAAAGGAGUUUGCCUGUUAACAGGGAUUAUGGGAGCGGGCUGUACAGCUUUAGUUGUUGCUGUUGUUGCAAGGAAGUCAGAACUCACCAGAGCUGAGAAGCACGUCCAUAAUUUCAUGAUGGAUACCCAACUCUACAAAAAGAUAAAAAACACGGCUGCUAACGUGUUGAGGGAGACGUGGCUCAUCUACAAAAACACCAAGCUGGUCAAGAAAAUUGACCAUGCCAGAGUACGUCACCAUCAGCGUAAAUUCCUGCAAGCCAUCCACCAACUGCGAAGAGUCAAAAUGGAGCAAAGGAAACUAACUGACCAGGCCAAUACAGUUGCUGACCUUGCCAAGACUCAGAACAUGAUGUAUGAUCUAGUGUCAGAGCUGCAGCAUCGGAGCGAAGAGCUGGACAGGAGGAUUGUUGCUCUGGAAGAGAAACUGGACUCCCUCCUUCUCAGUGUGCAGUCACUGCCCGUUGUGCUUUCUCAUGCAAUAACAAAGCUACAGAAGGAUUUCCUGGACGACUUGGCUUGUCGUGUCCACUUCCUGUCAUCCUCCCUGAGCUCUGAGUGCUGUCCGGUCCCUGCCAGGCAGCUCUGUCCAGGAUCCACCAUGCCAGAGACACCUUACAGCUGA